GGGAAUAGGGUAUUUGAUUACAUGGAAAGUUGAUAACCAUUGCUCUUUUCCUCCAUGCUUUAAAUUAAUUAUACAUUUUUUUAGAGUAUUAAAUUAAUUAGAUUAUUAUCAUGAGCCAUUCACCAAAAAAGGAAAGGCAACGUAACAGGAUCAAGCUUGAUGACUCGUUCAACGCUUCAUCCCCCACCAUAUGUCCCCAAGCAUCAUCAUCAUUCAUUUUCACUAUAAAAGAUCAAACCUGCUUGCUCGCCUGUUUUUCACUCAAAACAACCAAGAUUGCUGACCAUCAUCAGAAAACGAGACACCAUAGAAGAAAUAGAAACAAAUUACAAGCAGCAGCUCGCAAGUAAGCCAAGAUGCAGGCUGUCAAGGAGAAGAUCCAAGAUAUGAAGGACAUGCGCAAGGCCAAGGCUGAAGCCAAGGCCGAGGAGAAGGCGGAGCAGGAGGUGGCGAAAGCUAGGAUGGAGGUGGCGAAAGAGGUUCGAUUGGCGAGGGAGGCACAAGCAGAAAUGCAGCUCCAUGUCGCCAAAGCCGGGGAAAAGGCUGUGACACAGACUCCUGUGGAUGCUACCGCUGCUGCAGGCACCACCACAACCACCAGUACCACCACCACCACCGAGAAGGCAACAUAAUAGUAAUGAUAUAAAUCUCUUAAUCCAAUAUUAAUAUCGUUUCUUAUGUAAUCUUUGAUCUACUUAUGUGUAUGUAGUGAGUGGUGUAAGAGGAUACACAUAAUUAAUUAAACACUAAAUACAAUUAUGGUUUCUUCUUUCUAUCAUCUAGUUCUAGUUCUGGUGUCAUAUAAAACUCAAAACUGUGCAAUGCAUACAGAUGUAGCAAGUAUUGUGCAUGACAAAAUGAGUUGAAAUGCCAUCAGUUACCGUACAUAUAAUGUGCCCCCAUCAUG